AUUCUGGACCGUGCUGUAUUCCAUUGUCCGGGCAGCGGGUCGCUAUGGUCGCUCUUGAUCCUGCAUAUGGAAGCCAAUGGAGCCCCCUAUCAGAUGAUCGAGGAGAUGAAGCAUAGUGCGACUCGGCAUAAUCUGAUCGAAGAUAUUGGAGGCCCGGAAGAAGUGAUUGCAUUCCAGGUCAGCUGGUGCGGCUAUCUCAGACGUCGCGCCCUGGAGUCCGGACCGGACGAGACUGACGGGGAUGAUAUUUUGAAUGCUGAAAUCGGCAUUCGUGGUGCGAUCGAGCAUGUUGGCGCAAUCGUGGCCAAAAGCAAGGAGAUUCCAGAACAGGCUUACAGCAAAUACGCCGACGGGAAGACCCCCGGCAUUACCGGCGAUCCUCACUUCCGAUUGGAGCGGAUCUAUGUCAAGUAUCUCCUCCAGCGAUCACGAGUCGACGAUGCGCGGAUAUACUGGAGCAAACUGCAGGAGACACUCGCGGACUACUACGAAUUCUGGGAUCGGUACUAUAUCUGCGAGAUGGCUCUGUGGGACCAUUGGCUAGAAGGUGCUAGAAUGGAUCAUCAUUCGGUGAGCGAGGAUAUGCGAUUCCCACGACGCGCGACGAACGUGCUUCGAGCUGCGUUGCAUUCCGUAAGUACGCUUGACGAACCCGAGAAGAUGAUCGCGUCGUUCGAGAACCACGUGCAACAGCAUGAGUCAGCCAAGGAGAUCAUCGCGGCCUCCGGCGAAGCGGCGAAAGCGCGGGAAGUCCUAGCGCAGCGACGGAAGCAGGAGAUGGCCGUGUGGCAGAAGGGGCAGGAAGACUGGGUCGCCGCGCAGAAACAGGCGUGGCUCGCGGAGCAGGAGUCAAAUGGGCCGGCUGGAGAGACGGGUAAUAAACGAAAGCUCUCCAUCGCCGCCUCGGAUCAGCCGGGAUCCAAACGUGCCCGAUUAGGAGCCGAUGCGUCCGAGACGCAAGACGCGCACGAUGCUGCGGAACCGGCCAAGCGCGACCGCGAGCAUGGAUCGGUCCUGUUGCGAUAUCUCCCGAAGGAUGCCACGGAGAUCGACGUGAAGAAGUUCUUCCGCGGCUGCGGCAACAUCAAGUCGGUCCUCUUGGCCGACGCGAACGGCGAGACGAAAACGGGCUUGGUCGAAUUCGACUCGCUGGGAGAUGCCCAGUUCGCGCAGAUGCGGAGUACCCGGCCGUUCAAGGGCGAGGAAAUUGAAAUCACCUUUGCCGGCGACCUGACGCUUUACAUCACGAAUUAUCCCCGCGACUUCGCGUCGGAGGAUCUAAAGAAGGUGUUCUCAGAGUUCGGCCAGGUCCUCUCCCUCCGCCUCCCGAACCUGGCCAAGAACGCGUUCCGUCGGUUCGCCUACAUCACGAUGGACAGCGCCGACGCGGCGAAUGCGGCGAUCGAGAAGCUGCAUCAGAAACCGCUGACGGACGCCAAGGGGAAGGAAUACCAAAUGCAGGUGCACAUCUCCGAUCCAAACGUGAAGAAAGACCGCGAGGGGGCCAUGUACGAGGGCCGGGAGAUCGUCGUCAAGAACCUCCCCUUCAAAGCGUCGGAAGGCGACGUUCGGGCGUUUAUUCUGGACGUCAUGAAGGAGGAGCGAGUUCGCAUUCCGCAAGGGCGGUCGAAAGGCGUCGGUUUCGUCGUCUUUCGAGAUGCCAACAUCGCCCGCCUUUCGGUCUCCAUCCUGGACGGCCGCUCCUUCAUGGGCCGUCCCAUGACCGUCGAACUCGCCACCAGCGAAGGCCGUAAGCUCAAAGUCACCGCCACCGAGCGCUUCAACCGCGGCUCGUCCACCGGUCCCUCCGAUCCCCGCAACGGCGCCGCCCCCUCGCCCGGAAGCGUCCAAAGCGCCGAACCCCCCGAAUCCCGCCCCUUCGCCCGCUCCAUCACCAUCUCCAACCUCCCGCCCACCACCCCCCAAGCCGUCGUCCAGGCCAUUGCGGAAAAAUACGGCGAGCUGCGCCGGAUCAGCCUGCGGUCAGAGAAGGGGACCGCACUGGUGGAGUACGCGCAGGAGGCGUCAACGGGGAAGGCGCAGAUGGCGCUGGAUGCGACGGAGGUGGAUGGGAACACGGUGCGGGUG